AUGGUGAAACCCCUCACAUUCAAAGGCGACAAGCCCAAAAAGCGCAAAAGUCGCACUGACCCCGAAAACCCCUCCAAAAGUCGCAAAACAGACACAACCGCAGACACAGACGCAGUCGUACUGCACAAGCAAGCCACAGAUGAGCAAGACGACAACACCGAAGAUCAGACCUGGGUAUCAGCCGAUGCACCAAGCGACAUUUCCGGGCCAAUUGUUCUUGUUCUUGCGUCUGAGAAGCCAACGUGCGUGGCUAGCGACGCGACAGGCGUCGUGUUUGCGAGUCUGUUAGAGAAUAUUAUUGAGGGGGAUGCGGGGACUGCUGAACCGCAUGAUGUGCGGCAGGUCUGGGUUGCGACUAGGGUUGCAGGGACUGAGUCGUUUAGUUUCAAGGGUCACCAUGGGAAAUACCUAAGCUGCGAUUCACACGGUCUACUAAGUGCAAGCGCCUCAGCAGUAUCCCACUACGAAACAUACCUAGCAAUCCCAAGCGAAAUACCGGGCACGUUCGCGCUCCAAACGCGCGGCGGUGACGCGGAGUCCUUCAUCAGCGUUAAAGAAAGCAGCAAAGCAAAGAGCGGGUUCGAGAUCCGCGGUGACGCAAGCACAGUGUCGUUCGACACGACAGUACGGAUCCGGAUGCAAGCGCGAUUUAAACCGAAGCUGCGCGCGUCAAAGGAGUCGAAGGCUUAUGAGAAGAUUAGUCGGAAGGAAUUGGAGGAAAUUGUUGGGAGGAGUUUGAGCGAGGAGGAUGUUAAGAAGUUGAGACGGGCUAGGAGGGAGGGGGAUUUUCAUGAGGUUAUGCUUGAUGUUAAGGUUAAGGGGAAGCAUGAUAAAUAUGCUUCUUUUUAG